GACUUACAGGUCCCUACGUGAACAGGACUGCGUGCACUGAACACAGAGUCUGGUGUCAGUCUCGAAAGAUGCUGCAUGAAACUCGCCCAUCUUGAUCACAAGACCAAUUCCAACGCCUUUCUUUGCUACGAUUCGAAAGUCAUCAAGGACGAGCGGUAGGGUAGCUUAUCUUGAUAAAUCGAGACCAGCUUUGAUCCAGUUUCAACCUUCUGCCGUGGAAUGUGUCAAUGAUUUGAGCGUAUGGUUAUCACAAAAAAGCUGUCAGCAUCGCCGUCAACAAAACACGCAAGGAACAAAUGUCGAGACAUCUUUCCCUGACUAAAGGGCUAUCGCUAUCACUAUCACCGGGCGACCUCGAGUUGAGCAUUAACCUUUCAGUCUGACCACUAAGACCAUGUGGUGCCCGACCUAGGGGACAUGCUUCAAUAAUGACCAACUAGCGUCCGCCUAUAGACUUAUCUUGUACGAUUGAGAGCCAGAACAUGGUCGUCUCCAAAGACAAGCUGGCCGCCAUCGACCCUCCAGCGAAGCUUUCCCUGCGGUGGCCGAGGACGGAGAAUCCGUCAGACAGGGUCGAUUCCCUGCGGGAAGCUGGCCGGCGAUAGCCUCGGAUGGCCUCUGGAGGCUUUUGGUGCGGGGUACGGAAACCUGUGAAAAGCAGGGAGAUGUACAGGUCGAGAGCUGCAACAUUGGGAGUUGGUUAUUUGGUCGUCACAGUCAGACACAUCCCAAAGGACAUUGAUCUGACAGAAUCGUCACAGUUGCGCUAGACAACGUCCAAGAAACGCCGUCGAGCAUGCCCCAACAAUAUCUUCUCUGGGUCAACUCGCGACCACUACCCGAUUCUGGGGUUGAUGAUGACCUGUGGGUGAAAUGGUAUAUCGAAGAACAUGUCCCGGACUUGGUGAACAGUAAGGCCACCGUGCGCGCGGCCAUGUUUCGCGAGAAUUUCGACUUCUCGCUUGAACCAAAGGAGAAGCACCCGCGCAAGUUCUUGGUUUUGUACCAAGCAGACUUUGAAGAGCCGCUCAGUUCCAAAGAGUACCUAGACGACGUGCGGCACUCUAGCGAUAUGUGGCCCGACAAAAAGGGGAACAGGGAGGUGGGAGAUUUCAACGGAAGGAAUUAUAAGCUGAUCCAGGACUAUGAUCCCGAUGGAAAGGGGGAAUCUGCCCCUCCAUUCUGUUUGACCGUUGAGAUGGACCCCGUGGAUGAACCCGACUUCGACAAAUGGUACCGCGAAGAACAUCUCGAUAUGUUGCACAAGUUACCAGGGUAUCGACGAUCGUCCAGGUAUGUCAUUGGCCCGAAGAUGGCUCUGACUGAAGGCGAUCCUCCAAAGUAUUUGGCAAUCCACGAAAUGAAUGAUUUGCGUGGAUUUAUCGGGAAAGAGGCCGAUGCUGCCAACGACACGCCUUGGACGGUGAAGCAUAUCAAGGACAGCAAGACAUUCAUUGUGAGAGGCUGGCAAUUGAUAUACUCGCAAGGGUUUUGAAUAUAUGUGGCUGAGGCGGUGAGAGGGCCGGUCUGAUAGGGUGGACCUCGCCUCUCCUUCAGGCGCGAUGCUUAUGACGCGGACGCCAUGAUGGAUUCCAUCCAGGGCCAGAUGCUCUCAUUUGCAGGUGGAUAGCCCAUAUGCAGCAUUUUGUCGUAGAACCGAGCUUCCUUGGGGCGGCCGUAGUUCAUGAGAAGGAUGUUGUCCUCUAUGGGAACAA